UCGCAAACUUGCACCACUUCCCUUAUACUGUCCUAACCUCCUAUACUGGAAAUAUAUCUACCGCAACCAUGGCGACUCUCGACGCGAAGCAAAAGUUUGAUCUGAUCACCGAAAACCUCGCCGAGGUGCUCAAUCCCGAGAUCAUCGAGGGCAUUUUGGCCGAGGGGCGCAGUCUGAAGAUCUACUGGGGCACUGCGCCGACGGGAAAGAUCCACUGCGGUUACUUUGUCCCCGCCAUCAAGAUCGCCCAGUAUCUCGCCGCGGGCUGCAACGUGAAGAUCCUGCUGGCCGACAUCCAUGGAUUCCUAGACAACCUCAAGGCUCCCAUCGAGCUGGUCGAGCUGCGCGCGGAGUACUACCGACGGACGAUAUCGGCUGUGCUCGAGGCCGUAGGAGUGUCGCUGGAGAAGUUGGAGUUCGUCAAGGGGAGCAGCUACCAGAAGAGCCCCGAAUAUAUCAUGGACGUGUACAAGCUGUGCGCCGUGACGUCGGAGCACGACGCGAAGAAGGCCGGUGCGGAGGUUGUCAAGCAGUCGGAUAACUCGCCGCUGAGCGGCUUGCUUUACAGUAUCCUGCAGGUGCUCGACGAGCAGCAUCUCGACGUGGACUGCCAGUUCGGAGGACUGGACCAGCGCAAACUGUUCACGGCUGCCAAGGAGUGGUUGCCGAAGUUGGGAUACAAGGAACGCGCCCAUCUGAUGAACCCGAUGGUUCCUGGCUUGCAGGGUGGCAAGAUGUCUUCGAGCGAGCAGGACAGCAAGAUUGAUCUGUUAGAUACGCCCGAGGUCAUCACCAAGAAGAUUCGCAAGGCCGAGGCAUCCCCCAAGGUGGUGGAAGAGAACGGCGUCCUCGCAUUCGUGGAGUACGUGCUGCUGCCGGCUUCCGAACUGAAGGGACGGCGGGAGUUCCGCGUUGAGCGGGAACGCGACGGCUUGGAGCCGCUGGUCUACACGAGCAUCGAACAGAUGCACGAGGAUUACAGGGCGGAUGUGCUAUCGCCACAACUGCUCAAACCCGCCGUGUCCAAGGCCCUACUGGACCUGCUGGCCCCGAUCCACGCCGCCUACCAGGCGGACGCCGAAUGGCAAGAGAUCACCGACAAGGCGUACCCCAGCACGGAGAAGAAGAAGGUCAAGAAGGUCAAGAACAAGGGCACGCGCUACCCGGGAGCCGGGCAGGAGUCGCAGGGACUGCCCGACCGUACGAAACAGGACGCACCGGUGCAGAACUAGACGGGGACCUUUCUUUCUUCCCGUCGCAGUGCGGGGCUCAUUUAUGCGCGGAACGAUAGAGCGGAUACCUUCGAAACUGGACAUUUGUAGCGUCAGUCAAAAAUACAUUGCAUAGCGAUAUU